AUGUCCAACCCAUCUUUGGUUUUGAACAAAAUCGACGAUAUCUCCUUCGAGUCCUUUCCCGUGCCAGAGAUCACUCUGCCAUACGAAGUGCUUGUGGAGGUGAAGAAAACCGGCAUUUGCGGCUCGGACAUUCACUACUAUGCCCACGGAAAGAUUGGCAAUUUCGUCUUGACCAAGCCAAUGGUCUUGGGCCACGAGUCUGCCGGUAUUGUUUCUGCUGUGGGGCCUUCAGUUACCUCGGUCAAGGUCGGAGACAAGGUCGCCAUUGAGCCUGGUGUGCCUUCCAGAUUGAGUGAAGAGUACAAGAGCGGCCACUACAACUUGUGCCCCCACAUGGUUUUCGCUGCCACCCCCACAUCCAAAGAAGGCGAACCAAACCCUCCGGGCACCUUGUGCAAGUACUACAAGUCGCCAGAGGACUUUUUGGUUAAGUUGCCAGACCACGUGUCCUUGGAAUUGGGUGCCAUGGUAGAACCUUUGUCUGUCGGCGUGCAUGCUUGUCGCUUGGGCAAAGUCACCUUUGGCGACCACGUUGCUGUGUUCGGCGCGGGCCCUGUGGGGUUGCUUGCCGCCUCUGUGGCUAGAAUGUUCGGCGCUGCCUCCGUUACCGUUGUGGAUAUCUUCGACAACAAGUUACAAAUGGCUAAGGACAUUGGAGCUGCCACUCACACAUACAACUCGAAAUCCCAGGUUCCAUUCGCGGAAGCGUUGCCCGCGGGAUUCAAGCCCACUGUGGUUUUGGAGUGCACUGGUGCAGAACCUUGUGUCCAACAAGGUGUUUUUGCCUUGAAGGCAGGAGGUCGCUUUGUCCAGGUAGGAAACUGCGCAAGCAACAUCAGCUUCCCGCUUACCGAAUUUGCAACUAAGGAAUUGACCUUGUUUGGCUCCUUCCGUUACGGCUAUAGCGACUACAAGACCUCGGUGGACAUUUUGGACGAGAACUACAAGAACGGCAAAGACAAAGCUCGCAUUGACUUUGAGGCUUUGAUCACCCACCGCUACUCCUUCAAAGAUGCCAUUAAGGCCUACGAUCUCGUCCGUUCUGGUGUUGGUGCGGUCAAGUGUAUUAUUGACGGUCCUGAGUAA